AUACGUACGAAAGGAAGAAGCGUGAUGGUUGAGAAGCACAUCAUCCCGUCUCCGUCAAUGAAAUAGUUAGAUCUGUCAGUGCCAACUAUCGCAUCGGGCUCGGCGGAGCCUUUUAGAUUUCAUCUAUCGCGUUCUUCCAUCCAGUCGUUUUCUAAAGCUGUUUUCGCGCUGCUCUCCCUAUCGUUUACCUACCGGCUAUACUUUCUUCCAACUGUUGUCGAGAAAAAAAAGGAUCAGAGAGGAUCGGAGAAGAUGGAUUUCCUCGAUUAAAGUUGACAGGAAGAAUAUUGGAAAAACAUUCGUUUCGUACAGUGUAAUUGCUUGAACGCGUACCGGCGGAAGGGCAAAGAUCAAAGAAAUAGAAAUUCCACGAGACGAUGCACGUCCUCGGAUUUCUGUGUCUGUAUUUAUCGUACUCCGUCCGUAUCGUAGUAAAAGACUUUUUCACGUUCCCCAAGAGGGUUCGCGCGUUCUUCGUUCUUCGUUCUUCGCUGUUACGUCGGCAACGAAAAGAACGAGAAUAAUUGGCACGAGUAGCGAAAUAGUAGAAUAGAAUUGUACGUGGUCUGGCCAAAGCUUCGAGUUUUGAACGAAACGAGAAAAGAAAAUAAUCCGCGACGGUGCAUGAACGAACACGCACGCGUCCCAAAGCGUGUAUACCUUUUUUCGAUACGUAGAAACUCUUAAUUUUGAGAAAUUUCUCUUCUCUCACUCUCUCUCUCUCUCUUUCUCUUUCUCUAUCUAUCUCUGUUUCGCUUCUUCUUUUCCACCUUCACUCUACGUAUACGUAUUUCUCCGUUGUUUACCGUUUCACAUCGCGUUACGAUCACGUGUAAAUAUAAAACCUUUUAUCUCGUAUGGACCGUCGCGUCGGUCGCAAGACAGGAGGGUAGUACAUAGCUACUUGGAGAAUACGAUGGGAACAGAUCGGUUCGUUCGUCCAUGGUAAACGAAGGGGAUGCGUUCGAAAGCGCGGUUCGCGGCUCACGGGAACCAAGUAUCACAAACGUAUGUUAAGUUAUUGCUCCUCAUGGUCGAACUUAAACACGUGGAGUAAUUUAUCAAUUUGUGAAUAUGUUACGGAAGUGCUUCGUACUCGCGCGUCGCUAACGUUAAACGGCAAUAUUUGCAAAUGUCAAUGCAUGAAUGUUGCAGGACACGUUUGAUUAUUAUUGAUUGUGCGCUAUCUUCACUUUUUGUUUUUACAUUACAACACAGCAGCAGCAGCAGCAGCAACAGCAGCAAUAACAGCAACAGCAACUACAAUAUCAAGAAAAGGAAAGAGACGCAACCAGCGAACAUUUAGACAAGCGUUAUCAUUCUCAAAGGAGAAUGGCUAUAUAUCCGUGGCAGCAAGUCGCAAGAGGUCCUCAGUAGAAGAUGAUAGAGGACCAGACGCAUCAACAUCCGGUACGACUACCACCCGACAAGCAUGCCCGUAUCGAUGUUACAGGAGGGAAAUUUGAAAAUGAUCAAUGCAAAGAACCUCUGCUUUCGGAAAGGCAAAUUUGCCACAGGAUAACGGGAACGGAGGAGGUUCGUUCGCGUGCUUGUGCCUCGGAAUCGACGACACUGGGAAACGCUACGACGAGCACGAGCACGAGCACGAGUUCGAUCACAGGCACGAAUAAUAUGGUCACGGUCACGGCUACGGUAGGGACAGGAACGAAUGGGAACGCGAACGCGAACGCGAACGCAUGGAUAGACACCGUUGUCGGGGUUAACAUCGGUAGCGUCGCUACCACCACGCCGGACAACAACACCAUCAUCAACAAUAAUAAAUCUCUGGAUGACGAUUGCAUUCAAGUACCGAUCUUUGACGAAGGAACGACCGACAGUGGCCGUCUACCAGACGUCGUGGCCGAAAGUAAAAUUUAUGGCGUGACCGAGAACGAACCUAUCGAAUCGUACCUGGCAAUUACCAUUCAAGUUUUCAUACCGUUUCUUAUCGCUGGCCUUGGCAUGGUGGGAGCUGGAUUGGUUCUGGAUUUGGUUCAACAUUGGGUCGUGUUCGAAAAAGUGAGCGAACUUAUCAUUCUGGUACCGGCAUUGUUGGGUCUAAAAGGCAAUUUGGAAAUGACUCUCGCAUCGCGCCUCUCCACUCAAGCGAAUCUUGGACAUAUGGACACGCCGAAAGAGCAAUGGUACAUGAUCGUUGGAAACCUCGUCCUGAUUCAAAAGACCAGUUCGUGUUGGCAGUGCCAAGCGAUAGUGGUUGGAUUUCUGGGCUCGGUAGUGGCGAUCGCAAUGGGGGCAUUUCGAAACAGCACCAUCUCGUUGGACCACGCUUACCUGUUGUGCGCAAGCAGUUUGGUUACUGCCUCUUUGGCCUCGUUCGUCCUCGGAUUGAUCACCGCAGGAGUGAUCGUUUUCUCGCGACACUGCCACAUAAAUCCGGACAACGUUGCCACUCCGAUAGCCGCGAGCCUCGGUGAUAUCACUUCCUUGGCUUUGCUCUCUUGGAUAUCAACUAUUCUCUACGAGUCGAUAAACAAGCAAGAUUGGGUCGCGCCUCUCGUGAUCGCCUGCUACCUCUUGGUCACACCACUCUGGGUAUGGAUCGCCAAAAAGAACAAGUAUACCAACGAUGUUCUUUAUUCCGGCUGGACUCCUGUCAUGAUCGCGAUGUUGAUCAGUAGUUGCGGCGGUCUGAUAUUAGAGUUCAUGGUGUCACGGUUCGAGAACUUGACCGUUUUCCAACCAGUUAUCAACGGCGUGGGUGGAAAUCUGGUUGCCGUGCAAGCGAGUAGAAUAUCGACGGCUCUACACAAACAAGCGGAACUGGGAACACUUCUGAUACCGCCGGGUCACACGCAUCCCGUCAUCUUUAUCACGCCUAUCGCUAAUUUUUUCGGCAAAGGUUUGCACGCGAGAACGACCAGAGUUCUAAUGGCGAUGGUUAUACCGGGUCACAUCAUUUUUAUUUAUCUGAUCAAUUACAUGAAGGACGGCAACGCCUCGUUGACACCUCUAUUCGUUUUCGUUUACCUCUGCGCCGCUAUGCUCCAAGUUGCUGCCCUUCUCUACAUCGCCUACAUUAUGAUACAUUGGAUGUGGAAACGAAAAAUCGACCCCGACAACUCGGCGAUUCCGUACUUGACGGCAAUGGGAGACCUGCUAGGCAUCAGUUUGCUAGCGAUCGCUUUUCAAUUUCUCUAUUUAGUUGGCGAUCAGGAUUCCGAUCAAACCAUCACCCCCUAAAACGCUCACUUUGAACUCGAUCGAAUUUUCUGGUCGGAUGCAAAUUCUUUUCCAUCUCGAUUCUUUAUGUAGAACGCGAUACGAUCGAGAACCGUUCAGGAAUCCUCAUCGAUAGGAUCGUUUCCUAAUGUCAGCUGCUUUUCAUUUCACCUUAUCUUCUUUUCUUUCUUUCUUUCUUUCUUUCUUUUUUCAAAGAUAAUGAAACUGCAUUUAAUCAUCAACGCAGUUGUUGAUAGUCUUUCGUUCGAAAAAUGUUAGACAACCGUAGGUCGAGAAAGAAUUAAUUACACGUCACCGAGUCAACACCGAUUCUUAACGAGGCUGUGCUUUAACGAAAGUAUUGUUAUAUCGUUGUAUCGCAUUUUAUGAGAAUCAGAUAGAACGACGAUAAUGUCCUCCUGUUCUUUGAAACGUUUAAUUUGACUUGACUCGACUCGACUCGACUCCACUCGAAUCAAAUCAAACUGAAUUAUCUAUCCUCCUCCUUUUUACUACCUCCGCUCGACUCGAUUGCAUUUCAGUUUUAUUUUCCAAAUUGUUCGAAUACGUUUGCAACCGAUCACGAGAUUCGAGGACGAUUUGCUAAUCUUAAAAUCGGUUUUUAAGGGAAACAAACAAAACGAUAAAUGAAAAAAAAGAAAUCAAAGUACCGCUUCGUCUUGAUCGAAUUGUUACUUUUCCGGAAAGUUUUGGUACACAACAGACAAACGUAAGUAGCGGAAUUUGAUAAAAUUCGGAUAUCGGUCGUUCUGCACUAUACGCUGUGUGCCGUGUACAUACAUACACGUCCUUGAAUAAUCGCGAUAAGACGAGACGAGACGAGACGAGACGAGACGCGACGCGACGCGACGCGACGAAACGAAACGAAACGAAACGUUUCGUCUGCUUUUCUACCCUGCAUCCCGUGUGGUUUUACUAAAGUCUUCCACCGAUGCCGUUUCAAACUCUACCUAACUUGUACAACUUACGUGAACAAACGGGUAUAGAUUUAUGGACUUUGAACAGCGAAACAAUCGAGUAAGGGAUGAUAAGGGAUGUUUUCCUUUUCUUUACCCUUUCUUUUUUUUGUCAUUCCGGCUUCUCUUCUACUCGUCUGAAUAAACACGCACGGAAGGAAAAAAGUAAAGGAGUAAAAAUUACGGAGUAAAGGAGUAACGACAAAUGGACAUUUUUCGACUCUGUUUUUCUCUGUCAUUCGACGUUGUCCAGAAUUCCUACAAACUGUUACGUACCGCUUGCACAUUGUUCGUAUUUUUGAUACUUCGCAAGCUGAAUCGAUCGAAAAGAAUACUCAAGAAUGCAGAAUAAUUUAUGGAUGCGUCACACGAUCUAUACAUACAUACAUACAUACAUGUAUAUAUGUAUAACUCAGGCUGAUGCUAAUUCGUCGUAUCAUUGUACGAUCAAUAGCUUCGCUUCUAGACAUGGCAAUCGAUUAAAUGCAAACUCGUUCGCGCAAUCGAUUGUAGUUAAAACGAAAUCGGUACCGCGCGUUCCAUGUCCCACAACGAGAGUCAGCUACGCGCGAUGAUACGGCCUUUACCAUAGUCAAUUUUCUUUCUUGUUCCUUCCUCUAUUCACCAUACACAAACUUUAUCUGUUUAAAUGCGCCUAUCAACGCUACACACAGCUAACGUUUUGGUAACAUUGUAAAAACUGUUAGGAAAGAAACUAUAUAUAUAUAUAUAUAUAUACCAAAGAUUAGACUAUAAAUAUAUCUUGACAAUAAUGUUUGUUUCAAGAAGGUAAA